AGUGCAGUGACUUAUGAGGACGUGCAUGUGUACUUCAGUGAGGAAGAGUGGGCUUUGCUGGAUCCUUCUCAGAAGAAGCUCUACAAAGAUGUCAUGCUGGAGACCUACAGGAACCUCAGUGCUUUAGGCAUGAAAGAAGUCAGAGUGCAGAGAAACCCUCUGAAUAUACACAGUGUGGUAAAGCCAUUGCUCUACAUGCUCACAGUUCUGCUCAAAGGCAUGAAAGUUUUCAUACAGAAAAGACACCUCAUGAAGUUAUUCAGUGUGUCGAAGCCUUUGCACCUUACAUAAGUCUCCAAAUAAGUAAAAGAACACAAAUUGCACAGAAACCCUAUGAAUGUAAUCAAUGUGGUAAAGCUUUUGCAAAAGACAGUCAUCUUAAAAGUCAUGAAAGAAUUCAUACUGGGGAGAAAUCCUACAAAUGUGAUGAAUGUUAUAAAUUGUUUUCACGAAAAUAUGGUCUCAAGAAACAUAAAAAUGUGUAAAGAACAUGGAGAGAAACCUUAUGAAUGUGAUCAUAGUAUUAAUUGUCAUGAACAUAUUUAUUUUGCUAAGAAACCUGAAUAUAAGCAAUGUGGUAAAGCCUAUGCCCAGCAUGGUUAUCUAAUGCAGCAAGAGCAC